AUGCGUAAUUCGGCUUUGUUGCUACGGUGUCAAUUAAAUGCGAUCGUGUGUCCCUGUAGUUGCUUAUUUUUGCUGUAUAGGCAUAACGGUACGGCGGUGCAGCGAAAUCUUACAUUCACCUCCGGGGACCGAACCGUGACGUUCAUUCGUGACCCUUCGCUAUUCUGUGGCUUAAGCGGAAACCAACGAACCCUGUGGUGCGAACUUGCCAAGGUGAAGCAACUCGGCGUGCUGGAUCAAAUGGACCCGGAGUUGCGAAAGUUGCAGGAGGCGAUGUUUGAGGUGAUCAGCAGCGAGGCGUCGUACCUGAGGUCGUUGAACGUUCUGAUCACACAUUUCAUGGCGUCGCCGAAACUGUCCGGCAACGUCAACCUGGGUAGCGUGAUCGCCAGGCAGGAACGCAAGCGGUUGUUCAGCAACAUUUUGGACGUCCGUGACUGCAGCGAAAAACUCUUCAAUGACCUCGAAGCUCGUUUGAACACCAGCGUCGUAUUGGACAACGUCUGCGACAUCCUUUCGCGCCACCUGACCGCUUCCAGCGGCGUCUACAUUCGCUACUGUAGCAACCAGAUCUACCAGGAACGUAUGCUGAAACAUUUGAGGGAGAACAACGGCCCAUUUGUAAUCGUACUGGAAGAUUUAGAAAAGAACGACAUAUGCGAAAGCCUGGACAUCCGUUCGUUCUUGAUGCUGCCAAUGCAGCGCAUUACCCGCUAUCCCCUGCUCAUAGCCGCUAUUCAGCGUCGACUUGGCGAUGACGAUGAACGACAAAAUUCGGUUAGCAAAGCUUUGGAUGAAGCUAACCGCGUAGUGAAGGAAUGUAACGAAGGCGCGAAAAAAUUCGAACGCAUGGAACAGCUGAUCGACGUCGAGCGUUCGUUGAUAUACACCGAGAAAGGCCCGAAGCGUCUCGCUUUGAUCAGCACAGACAGAUGGUUGGUCAAACGGGGAAACAUGCUGCUCGUCAAUCCGAGACGAAGAAGCUUCGGUAAGACGCCGAUAAAUGUUUCCAACGUUUCUUUAUUCCUGUUCACCGAUACGAUGGUGGUGGCGAAGCCGGCAGAGCACAAGAACUUUGUCGUUUUGGACUAUUGUCUCCGGCAGUACGUAGAUAUGAGUCUGCUACAGGACGAUUCACCCCUGCUCCCGGCUGGUAUCUUUGAAGCGGUCGGCAACUUCCGGCAAAUCUUCCGUUGCACUUUCAUGCAGAACCAUGCCGGCCGUCAGGUGGAGCUGAUUCUAGCAUCCAAUUCAGCGACCGAACGAACCAGGUGGCUGGACAUCCUCAAGCCACCGUCGACGUUUAUGGACGGUGAGGAAGAGCGGAUCUACGAGGCUUGGGAUUGUCCCCAGGUCCGUGCAACAGGAUUCUAUCACGCGCACGAAGAAGAUGAAAUCAGUCUGUUGAUCGGCGACCUCAUCAACGUAUACAGGAAAAUGCCGGAUGGCUGGUAUGAAGGCUUCAAUAACCGUGAUCGCAGGACUGGUUGGUUUCCGGCUUCGAAAACCGAGGAGGUCAUCUCUGACCAUAUUAGAGCAAAGCAUUUUCGCGAGAGACUGCGGGUUUUGCAUGAAGCAGAGCGACUGCACGCUCAAUACUUAAACAAAAAGUGA